CUGUCGUUACACCGUAUCUCACAAACAUCCGCUGUAGCUUGCAGGAUUAUGAAAGCGUGACAAGUGAAUACUUUUUAACUGCGCCACCGGAUAGACGCAGACAGAUGGCCUGGUUUGCAUGGCUUAUUUAGGACCUAGGCUGGGACCGUCACGCGUCUUUCUUUCCGGUGUGUCCGCCUUAAGACUCGUCUCCUCUGCCGGGAUGGACGAUAUGGGUCUGACCAUGAGUCGUUCUUCGCUCGAGCGGCUCGAAUUUGACAACGUCGCCCUCAAGAAACUUCCCCUGGAUCCAUCCGAGGAGCAGGGGGUGCGGCAGGUGAAAGGAGCGUGUUUCUCCCGGGUGACACCACAACCGCUGACCAAGCCUCGGUUCGUGGCCGUGUCCCACCAAGCUCAGGCACUGCUGGGGCUGGAAGGAGAGGAGGUCAUGAACGAUCCUCUCGGGCCAGAAUAUCUCAGCGGAUCCAAAGUCAUGCCAGGAUCUGAACCCGCCGCUCACUGCUACUGCGGACAUCAGUUCGGACAAUUCGCCGGACAGCUCGGCGACGGGGCGGCCUGUUACCUGGGAGAGGUGAAGGUUCCGCCUGGCCAAGAUCCCGAACUUCUCCGAGAAAACCCGAGUGGCCGGUGGGAGAUUCAGGUGAAAGGAGCUGGGCUGACCCCGUACUCCAGACAAGCUGAUGGCCGUAAGGUCCUGCGUUCCAGUAUAAGAGAGUUCCUGUGCAGCGAGGCGAUGUUCUUCCUGGGCGUGCCCACCACCAGAGCAGGCUCUGUAGUCACUUCCGACAGCAGGGUCAUACGUGAUGUGUACUACAACGGGAACGCUCGCCACGAAAGAUGUUCUGUGGUCCUCCGCAUUGCUCCUACCUUCAUCAGGUUUGGAUCUUUUGAGAUCUUCAAGCCCGCCGAUGAGUUCACAGGUCGCCAGGGUCCCAGCUAUGGGCGCGAUGAGAUCCGAGGUCAAAUGAUGGAUUAUGUCAUUGAGAUGUUCUACCCUGAGAUCCAAGAGAACUACCCAGAUCGGGUGGAGAGGAACGUAGCUUUCUUUCGAGAGGUGGUGCUUCGUACAGCUCGACUUGUGGCUCAGUGGCAGUGCGUGGGAUUCUGCCACGGCGUCCUGAACACGGACAACAUGAGCAUCCUGGGACUCACGCUGGACUAUGGUCCAUACGGCUUCAUGGACAGAUUUGAUCCAGAUUUUAUUUGUAAUGCCUCGGACAACUCUGGACGAUACUCCUACCAAGCCCAGCCAGCUGUCUGUAGGUGGAACCUCGUAAAGCUAGCAGAGGCUCUUGCUCCAGAGUUGCCACCAAACCAGGCCAAGGCUGUACUGGAGGAGUACCUGGAUCUUUAUAACCGUUUCUACUUGGAGAACAUGAGGAAGAAGCUGGGUUUGCUGAAGAAGGAGGACCCUGAGGACGAGAUCCUGAUCACCAAACUGCUUCAGACAAUGCACAACACAGGUGCUGACUUCACCAACACUUUCCGUAGCUUGAGUCUGAUUUCUUGUCCCACUGAGGAAAAUAGCGAGGGAGAAGAGGACUCUGUCAAGAAAGCCACAGACUUCUUGAUUGAGCAGUGCGCCUCCCUAGAGGAGCUCAAGGCUGCCAACAAGCCCACGAUGGAUCCACGUGAACUGGCAGUGCUGCUUUCUCUGGCUCAGAGCAACCCAACACUGUUCCAGAUGAUCUCAGACAGAGCAACAAUCGCGAGGCAGUUAGAGCGACUCAGCAAACUAAAGGAUCUGAUGGAGACCACCCAGGAGGAGCUGAAAACCAAACAGGCAGAGGAUUGGACAUCCUGGAUCACUCAGUAUAGGAAACGUCUGGCUCGUGAGCUGGAAGGCCAGAGUGAUGUGCAGGCUGUGCAGGAGGAGAGAGUGAGGGUGAUGGACAGCACCAACCCUCGCGUGAUACUCAGAAACUACAUUGCCCAGAAUGCCAUAGAGGCUGCUGAGAAGGGGGACUUCUCUGAGGUCCAGCGUGUCCUCAAGGUUCUGGAGAAGCCUUUCUCUUCACAGCCAGGUCUGGAGCUCCCUGCGUGGGUUGGUGGAGGUGGGACCAGUGCAGAAGGAGAAAGGGAUGAAGGAGAGGAGCAACAGCAAGAAGCAGCUACCUCUAGAAAUCCUGUGCCUUAUGACAGCAAGCCCCCAGCUUGGGCCAAUGAAAUCUGUGUCACAUGAUCUUCGUAGUAACUUCCU